AUGCAGUCGUCCGGCCUGGGGGUCUCCGUGCUGGGCUGGGUCCUGGCGUGCCUGACCACCUACCUGCCCCGCUGGAAGGACCUGACCCUGGAUCUGAACGAGCUGGAGCACUGGACGGAGGGGCUGUGGCAGGCCUGCGUCAGCCAGGACGAGGGCGGCGCCGUCCAGUGCAAGGAGCUGGACUCCUUCCUGGCCCUGCCGGCCGAGCUGCGGGCCGCCAGGGUCCUCAUGGUCCUGUCCCACGGGCUGGGCCUGCUGGGCCUGCUGGCCGCCGGGGCCGGCCUCGACUGCCUCAAGUUGGCCGUCGGGCCCGGGGGCCGCAAGCCGCGGCUGCUGGCCCUCGGGGCCGCCCUGCUCGGGGGCUCCGGCCUCGCCGUCCUGGUGCCCGUGUCCUGGGUGGCCCGGCAGACGGUCCGCGACUUCUGGGACCCCUCGGUGCCCGACAUCGUGCCCCGCUGGGAGUUCGGCGAGGCGCUCUUCCUGGGCUGGUUCUCCGGCUCGGCCCUGCUCCUGGGGGGCGGCCUGCUGGGCGGCGCGGCCUACCUGGGCUCGGCGCCCGGACCCCCGGCCGGGGACGACGGCCGGGACGCCUGCCGGCCCCUGGAGAUGGCAGGGCGGGCCGCGAAGCCUCGGCUUUUAGCCCGGGACAGCUGGGUGGUGGGACCCCCUCUGUGA